CACCCCAUUUUAGCUUUCACGUACCGUCUUUGGCCGCAGAGAGCAGCGCGAGAAGAGCAUCCGGAGCUUAUCAGCAGCGAUCGAUGAGUCGCGAAGCAGAGGGGCUGCCGCGGCGCUACAGCAAGCUCGAGGAAGCCCUCGAGAUCAAAUCACUCCGCCGAAUCAUCAGCGCAUACAUCAAUUACUCUGAUGCUGCAGAGGAGGAUGUGAGGAGAUAUGAAAGGUCAUUUAGAAAGCUCUCACGUGAGCACAAGGGACUUCUUUCUCAUCUUCUGCAAAAAUUUCAAAGGCUUAGACGGUGUAUUGCUGCAAAUUCGUUUUUCAUCAUGAACAUGCUUCAAGCAUUUGAUCCUCCUUUUGACAUGAGUCAAGAUAUACAUCUUGACGGGCAUGGUGGUACUGAACGUCUUCCUAAUGGUCAUCUCUGCACGCAAGCUUCUCAUUAUACUCAAGAUUGUAGCUCUUAUCUGAAGCAGCCUGUGCUCAAGAGGCCCGAGUUUUCUAGUUGCGGUGGAGGAUGUCUUCAAACCCCUUCAAAAAUAAAUAAUGAAAAAGAGAUUUCAAGUGAAAGUUCUUGUACUCUUAUUAUGAAUGUGAGCACACCUGAUUGCAACGCCAAGUUGGUUGAUGAAAGUAAAGAUGAUGCCAAAUUUAUUUGUAAACUGGAUUCACCCCCCCGUGAUUCUACUCCAAAUGGAAAUAUAACUUCAGUGCCAAAUAAUUGGAUGGAAACAUCAUUAAGGUCCAGUGUUCCUCUGGUUGACGUUGAUAAGGUACGAUGUAUUAUUCGGAACAUUGUGAGAGAUUGGGCAAUGGAGGGUCAAAAGGAGCGUGAUCAAUGUUAUAAGCCUAUUCUUGAAGAGCUUAAUCGCCUUUUUCCUGUUCGACGCAAGGAAAGACCUCCCAGUUGUUUGGUACCUGGUGCUGGACUUGGAAGACUGGCUUUGGAGAUUUCUUGCCUAGGCUUUGUGAGUCAGGGCAAUGAGUUUUCUUAUUACAUGAUGAUCUGCUCGAGUUUCAUCCUCAACCAAACUCAAGCAGCCAAUCAGUGGACGAUAUUCCCUUGGAUUCAUAGCAACUGCAAUUCUCUAUCCGAUGAUGACCAAUGUCGUCCUGUCUCAUUCCCUGAUAUUCAACCAGCAAGUGCAGGGAUCACUGAAGGUUUUUCAAUGUGUGGAGGCGAUUUCAUUGAGGUCUAUAAUGAUAUAGAUCAAGAAGCUUCAUGGGAUGCUGUGGCGACUUGCUUCUUCCUGGAUACUGCACAUAACAUUGUUGAGUACAUCGAAGUUAUAUCAAAAAUUCUUAAAGAUGGGGGUGUCUGGAUAAACUUGGGUCCUCUGCUUUACCAUUUUGCAGAUGCAUAUGGGCCUGAAGAGGAAAUGUCGAUUGAGAUCAGUCUAGAAGAUGUCAAAAAGGUUGCUUUACAAUAUGGGUUUGAGUUUGAGAUGGAGAAAAGCAUUGAGACAACAUACACUGCAAAUCCCCGAUCUAUGAUGCAGAAUCAUUACUAUACCGCCUUUUGGACUAUGAAGAAGAAACCAAGGAAAUAAUUUGUUGCCUUUGAAAGCUGUGACCAUUGACAAUCAUCAGAACUUCAAAAGGUCUGCAAAUUCAAAAUGUUUAAGUAUUACAUGGGCAUGGUAGUUCAAAUCAGUCUCCCUACAGAGCUUUGGUAACAGGAUAGAAGCUACCUGGAGGCCUGAACUUGGGUGAUAAGCAGUAAUCCUUUACUUUUCAUUUCCUACUACAAAAUUAUUUUAUCUGGUAUUGUGGUUUAACUUUGUGUGUGCAAUUCAUGUUAUUGACGUCAAUUCUUAUGUUUUUUCAAAUAUAUACUAUUCUGAAUUCUUAUGAAAUUCCUUCACAUUUGGUUGCUUGUAAACAUGGAAAGCAUGUUUUAAUAAAUGAUUGUGAAAAUGAAAUCCCUUCUAA